AUGUUUUUUUUGGUUGAUCAGGUGGCCGUGAAAAUUGCCAGAAAGCCGCAGAACAUGAAAUACAUCUACAUUCCUGGUCAUCCCACACCCGUCCCAUUAGAGGUCGGCCUAUUAACCCUUGCUAAUAGCGGCCCCAAAGUCUCCGAGAUCAUUGAGCUGCUGGACUGGCAGGACCAGCCUGACCGAUACAUCAUGGUCUUGGAGCGUCCCGCACCCUGUAAAGAUCUGUGGGAGUUCUGGAACGGUCUCGAAGGAAUCCUAAAUGAGGACACAGCACGGUUUAUUAUGGCGCAGGCAACAGUGGCGGCUCAGAUGUGCUGUUGCCGUGGAGUGUUUCACCGGGAUAUUAAGCUUGAGAACCUGCUAAUCAACACACAAACUCUUGAGGUCAAACUGAUCGACUUCGGGUGCGGGGAUCUCCUGCAGGACUCUGGCUAUGAGAGAUUCUGUGGCACUCUAGACUACCGCCCGCCUGAGUCCUGCACAGAGGGCAAGUACCACGGCAAACCAGCAACUGUGUGGUCUCUGGGAGUGCUCUUAUUCCUGCUGGUGUGUGGACGCUUUCCAGAAGCACGAGACAGGCGAAUGAUGGAUGAAGACGUCUGGUCUGAGCCGGGCUUGUCCAACAGUAAGAUGGCAUGCUGCCUCCUGAUCCGAUCCCUCCUGAAGGAAAGCCCAAGACAACGCAUUUAUUUGAGGAAAAUGCUUCGGCAUGAAUGGUUUAAGAAUAAGACAUGAAGAGGCAUGUGAGGAUUCGUCUCUUAGUUCCUGUGAAAGCUGCUCUCCACAGAUCCUGCACUGGAUCCAGAGUUUCAGUCUUCGGCGGC